AUGAGAAUUUGUAUUGUCCAGUCCUCAUUCGAGGGAUCAAAUCACCCGACAGAAAAGUACGAUCCGUUGUGCGAUCCGAGUCGCUAUGUUAGUCCCGAGAUACACCAGUUCGAGCAUAGAUUCGUCCGUAAGGAUCACGAAAAGGAAGAUAUUGAUCGGAUGUGCGAUGAGAACUUUGACAUCUACUUCAGUUGCCUGUGGGGAGGACCAAGAGAUAAUGUCGCCGGAGUGGAUGCUGCCUUUUAUCUUGAAACAAAAGGCGUAACUAUUCUCACCAACAAAGCCGAAGCGAUGCGUCUUCACUAUAACAAGCAAGAAUUCUACGCGAAGGCCGUGGCAGAAGGGCUUUCAGUUCCUGGAAACGAACCAGGCCGAUACCCCAAAAUUGUUAAGCUCGGAGAUGCAGCAAACUCGCUUGAACUAAGCUAUGAUUCCAUCUGCUCCAGUGCCGAUGAGGUUGCGAGCCGUGUUGCUGUCGUGAAGGAACACACCCCAGACGCCGAGAUCAUAGUUCAGGAUUAUAUCAUUGGUCCUGAGGUCAGUGCUGUUGUCGUCGAAAUGGGCCAUGCAGUCGUCGCAUUGGAGCCGGUCGAGUAUAUUUUUCCGAAAGACACACCAAAAGAAGCGGCAUUUCUCACCUUUGAUAAUAAGUUUCAUGCGAUUGGAAAGGGCAUAAUAAAAACAAAGAUUGUUAAGGAUGAGCCACGGAGAAGUCGCAUCCGAGAGGCCGCCCAGCAUUGUUUCAAAGUCAUGGGAAUGACCAACGGCGGCGGAUGGGGAAGAGCUGAUAUGAGAGUCGACUCUGCAACAGGAAAAGUAUAUGUGCUGGAAAUGAAUAUCUUUCCUACGCUCUUCUACCCUAAAGGAGCAUAUACAAGCGACAAAAUGGUCAUGAAGACAUACCCGGGUGGCCAUGCUGCUCUCUUCGAUAUGCUCCUGACGACGAAACUGAUCCAGACGAGGGCCGCCGCAAAAUCACACAAGAGCGUAAGCUCCUUCUUCGAUACAUUCUCUUCCACAUACGACAAAAUCUGGGAGACACCAACAGUUAAAAUGAUGCGUGGCUCUGUAACUCACGAUUUCGAUUGGUCCGGGACAGUCCUUGAUCUAGCUUGUGGAUCUGGCUUUCUGGGUCAGGCAAUCAGCGAGAGAGGGUAUUCUUCCGUAGUGACAGGAGUUGAUAUCUCACCCAGGAUGGCGUCAUCAAAGCGUAUCCAGACCUACUAUCGUCAACCAAUAUAUAUAGCCCCCAUGGAGGAGUUCAUUAUGACAUCCGACUCAUACGAUCAUAUUGCCUGCUUCAACGGCUUCCAGUACCUAUCUCCUGUCAUGCUCACAGCGGUUUUAUCACGCAUGUUUAUGUUAGCAAAGAAAUCUGUUUCCUUCGAAGCUGAUGCUACCCCAGCUGAGCACAUCCGUGCCUUUGAGCAGCGGACUGGUGGAGGCGCGUUAUACAACAGUACUCAUGCCAUUCAAAGAUUCCCAGUUCCUAAUGGCUGGAGGAAAGUAUUGGAAAAGCCUAUGUUGCUAUUUCAAUCUCCGCAUUUCAAUGACGACGUGUACGGAUGUUUUUAUAGGUUUGAAAGAAUCCCAGAAACUGAGAUGAAUGGACAUAGCGAUGAUUAUCUUUAA